AUGGAGGACCAGCUGGCCCAGCUGCUCGCAAACACCCAGCUUCCCGCCGAAGAGCCUCGAAAACGCGCAGAACUCGACCUCAAACAUGCCCAGACCAACCCGGCCUUCCCAGUCGUCCUCGCCAACAUCGCCGCCCACAACUCCGUCGCCACAGAAAUCCGCCAGGCCGCCCUCGCAUACCUGCGCCGCUUCAUAGAGCACAACUGGAGCGAAGAGGGCGACGAUGGCGAGGGACCCCUGGUGCCCAUCCCCGACUCCACAAAGGAGGAGCUGCGUCACAAGCUGUUGGAACUGGCUCUGAGUGAGGAGCCUGAUCGCAAGGUCAAGGCUUCGGUCAGCUAUGCCGUUGGGAAGAUUGCGAACAAUGAUUUCCCCGAGAAAUGGCCCUCCCUGCUCCCGUCCCUCCUCAAUGUUAUCGCCAAUGGCAACGACAUCCGCCUCUACGGCGCCCUGAAGGUCCUGAGCGACAUCGUCGAGGAGAGCCUGACCGAGGACCAAUUCUUCUCCAUGGCCCGACCCAUCAUCGACAACGUCUUUAAUGUCGCCGUCAACGACGGCCGGAAGCCUACCCUUCGCGCUCUCGCGGUACACGUCUUCCGCGGCUGUUUCGAUCUCAUGGACAUGGUGAAGGAUGACCACCCCAAGGAGGUUAAGGGCUUUGCCGAGGAAUCUCUCAAGAACUGGCUGCCUUUCUUCUCCCAGGUGCUCCAGGUCCAACUGCCUGAGAGUUCCGAAGAGCCCACACAGCGGGAAUACAGAAAUGGCAUUAUCGCAUUCAAGCUGCAGGUGGUUAAGACGCUGAUGAAGGUCAAGAGUGUCUUCCCUACGCUUCUGCUGCCCCAGAGCACUGCAUUCUUCCAGGCUGCCUGGCACGAGCUCUCGCUCCUUCAGGAAUCUUACAAGUCGAACUAUAUAGACAAUGGGAGCCAGGGGAGGCUGGAGGAUUCCGAUGGACUGCCCUACACCCUCGACUUCCUGAUCCUGGAAGAAUUGGACUUCCUCAAUCAGUGCAUGAGGGCCACACCAGUGCAGAAAGAACUCGAGGCCCAGCUCGGCGCGGGGCCAGCUCACGAAAUCCCCUGGAUACUGGACCUUAUGAAGUUGCUGGUAGCUUACAGUCGGAUCACUCAUGAGGAAGAGGAAUUGUGGGACAUUGAUGUUUCCCUUUAUCUCGCCGAGGAGACUUCGGUAACUGCUAACUACACAGCCCGCACUGCUUGUGGAGACCUUCUAAUAAAGGUGGGAGAAUGGCUUCACCAACGGGCGCUGGAAGGCCUCUUUGCCUACACUAAGAGCCAGUUCUCUGGCGAGCAUGAUUGGCGCUCGCAGGAAGCUUGCCUGUAUCUGUUCAACAUGCUCAUCAGUGAUCUGCAAGAUCGCUCAGAAGCCGUUCCUCCUGAAGUUGCCCAGGCCCACAUGGAAUUGAUUGACUAUUCCAUCGGCCAAGAUCAGCCCCUCCUUCGCGCUCGAGGGUUUCUGGUGGCCAGUACCCUGGCCCAGAUAUUCCCUCCGGUUGCUGGUAUCGUGGACAAGACGAUUGAGUCUGUCAGCCGAGACAGCUCGGAGCUUGUCCAAGUGGCUUGUGUCAAGGCUGUUGAGGGGUUCGUCAGCUCUAGCAACGUGCCUGCGGACCGACAAGUGCCAAUGCUGGUGGCCAUCAACGGCUUCCUUGACGGAAAGGAUAUGACUGAUCUCAUGGAUGCCGAUGACCUGCUGGUCACACUCGCCGAAGCACUCAGAGCAGUCAUUGGCAUCGACCCGAGGGUCACGAUUGCGUCGGACAUCAAGUCGAUCGAUUUGCUGUUCUUGAUUGCCAAGCACGGUGCAUCGAACUUUCAAGUUACGGUUUUGGUGUGCGAGGCAUUCGAGGAGCUCGUGCAGAGUCUGUCAGACUCGGCAUCUUACGCCGCUCUGUGCGCCAAAGUCCUGCCGACCAUCACCGGGGCCUUCAACGUUGCGGAUAUGACCUCGGACGACCCACUUCUCACUCUGGCAUGUGAGCUGCUGGUACCACUCGUACAGAACGGCUCCGAGCCCCUGCCAGCAGGCUUUGUAGCUGCGACUCUGCCCAAGGUGAAGAACAUGCUGCAGCAGUCGCCCGAGGGCGAGGUCCUGCGGCCAGGCGCAGAAGCGAUCAAGUACAUGUUGAUGCACGAUCACCAUCAGGUUCUCGGUUGGCACGACGAGAAUGGUCAAUCCGGACUAGAGACAUGUCUCAUCAUAAUUGACCGGCUGUUGGGCCCUGGAAUCGAGGAUAAUGCGGCCUCCGAGGUUGGAGGCCUUGCCGCAGAACUUGUGGAGAAGGCAGGCCCAGAGCGUCUCGGUCCCUACCUUGAAAAGUUGUUGCAGGCCGUGGCGAACCGACUGGCAACUGCUGAGGCUGCUCCUUUCAUCCAGUCUCUCAUUAUCGUUUUCGCACGUUUGUCACUAAUGCAGGCGGGUGACGUUGUACAAUUCCUCAGCAACAUUGAUAUUGGUGGCCACAACGGCCUACAGGUGGUGCUCAGCAAGUGGCUGGAGAACUCGGUCAACUUCGCGGGCUAUGACGAAAUUCGGCAGAAUGUCAUCGCCCUAUCGAAGCUAUACUCGCUGUACGACGCACGCCUGGCUCAGACCAUGGUCAAGGGCGAUCUUAUCAUGCAGCCUAGCGACGGCAGGAUAAUGACGCGGUCCCGGGCUAAGCAGAACCCGGACCAGUACACCCUGAUUCCCGCAACGCUCAAGAUACUGAAAGUUCUGAUCGAGGAACUCAUCUCCGCGUCCGGUGUCCAGGGCGCGGCCAACGCCGCUGCUGCUGCGGCGGCUGAGUUUGCUGAUGCAGACGAGGAUGACGGUGACGAGGGCUGGGAGGACGAGUUCGACACCGUCGGCCUCGGAGCCAAUGCGCAGACUCUCAUGAACCUGGCCGAGGGCGCUAACAGCAGGAUGCGGGAUGAUGAGACACAGCAGUACCUGUCGGAGUUCUUUGUGCGCGCUGCGAGGGAAAACAUUGCUGACUUCCAAAACUGGUAUGGCAUGCUCACGGAGGAUGAGAAGAGUAAGCUGAACGAGCUGGCAACAGCUCAAUGA